GCUCUUUAGCUCUCUCGUUUAUACUCAUCACCAUCAGAAAUCUAGUUUCUUCUGUGCUUGGAUUUUCCGGCGAGGCUGUGAAGGAGUUGUCGCCGGGGAGAUGCCGCGCGUGGCGAAAGGCGAGAGCUCGAGGGGGUUGCAGAGCGUGCAUUACUAUCCCGCACCGCUUUCAACUCAUGAUGAAGUUGUUAAUGAUUCUGUUGUCUUCUGGGACACUCUCAGGCGCUUCCACUUCAUGAUGAACACCAGGUUUAUGAUUCCUGUGAUAGGAGGGAAGGAGCUAGAUUUGCACAUGUUGUACGUGGAGGUAACAAAGAGGGGUGGAUAUGAGAAGGUUGUUGAAGAGAAGAAAUGGAGGGAAGUGGGUACUAUUUUCAUGUUCUCCCCAACCACAACAAGUGCUUCUUUUGUGUUGAGGAAGCACUACAGAAGUCUUCUGUUCAGUUAUGAACAAGUUUACUUCUGUAAGAAACAGGGUCCUAUAUGUUCCCCUCCAGCUCUGUCUCCAGUUUCAUUUUCCAUUAGUAAGCGUAAAUGCUCAAACAAGCCUGAAGUGGCUCUGGUACAAUAUUCCUCAGAAAUGCCGAAACUGGCCGAACCCAUACCAGAGUGCCUGAUUCCGGGUUCUGAAGGAACUGGAAUGAUUACUGGGAAGUUUGAUUGUGGUUACUUGAUUACUGUGAGGUUGGGUUCGGAGGUUCUCAAGGGAGUGUUAUACCAUCCUGAGGAGCCAGUUCAUUCUGAUGGAAGCCCUGAGCCCAUCAAUGUUAGAAUACCGGACACCAAAAGAUCACGUCGUCAAAGGAGGAGCAGAAGAAGGGAUGACCCCAACCAUCCGAAACCUAAUAGGAGUGGUUACAAUUUUUUCUUCGCAGAGAAACAUUGCAAGUUCAAGUCCCUCUACCCAAACAGAGAAAGAGAGUUUACAAAGAUGAUAGGCGAGUCUUGGAGCAAUCUCACUGCAGAAGAGAGGAUGGUUUACCAAAAUAUUGGGGUGAAAGACAAGGAGAGGUACAAGAGAGAACUGGAAGAAUACAAGGAAAAGAAGAAGCUCAGGCAGAGCGCGGAAGUUAACAGAGACACAGAGGUCAUUCGUAAAGCAAAAGAAGAGAGCCGGUAG